GCGUGACACACGAGGACGACGACGUGCAUUGGUGGCGUAUUGGCACCGAUGCUCGCUGGCUGUGCUUGUGCAUGGGCCAGGUCUGAUUGUACGAGGCUGGCUGGCUGGUUGCAAGAGAAAAAAAAUUAUUGUGUGGUUGAGCAUUUCCUCGAGAGCAGCGAAUCAUGUCGCGACGGGGGACGGCUGGCCCGGCAAGCGCAGCCGCUCGGGCCCGUGCGCGAAGGACGGCGGGGCGACAACAGGUUGAAGCUGCUUGGCAUCAAGCUGUGGAGGAAGGCGACUCUGAAGAUGAGCACAUGAACCGUAUUCGUGCUCGCAUGGAGGCCUUUGACGAGCCCAGCAGCGACGAGAAUGAAGAGCAGCCAGAUAUGGGUGCUGAAUUGCCGAGCGAUUCAGAACAGGUGACCUACGUGCAGCGUCAACAGCAAAGGUUACAGCGGCAGUCGCGGCGUCCACGUCAGGCCGUGUCCGAAGACGAGGAUGAAGACGAGGACGAAGAUGAUACCGGCGGUGCUGAUGAGACGGAUGAUGCCGAUCAGCUUGAGAGUGAAGAGAGCGACGACGACGACGAUGUGGAGGGUCUGCAGAUUCAAUUUGAUGACGAUGCAGAGGUGCAACGGUAUCAUGCCGCCGCAGAAGACGGCUUUCAAGCCUUGCAAGCGCUGCAAGAGGAAAUGGGUCUCAAGGCUUUCCGCCAGCUGAAGGCGCGUGCUGCACAGGUCUCACAGACAGCUUCCACCGGCUCUACGGGGCAACAGCCAGCCGCCAAGAAGCCACGACGUCAACGUGGCUCGAGCGCGCCGCAGGAGGUGUCAAGCAAACGUCGUCCUCGUGGUGUGCGCCAGGUUGUUGCCAGUUACAAGCCGCGUGCGCGCGACCCCCGGUUCGAGGCCGUGUCUGGUACCUUCCAUGCUGAUAAGUUUGAUCGCAACUACGAGUUUUUGGAGGAAAAGCAGCAGCAGGAGCUGGACACUGUCCGCCAAGAAUUACGACGGACCAAGGACCCCGAACGCCAGGAGCAAGUCAAGCGCUUGCUACAAUCCUUGCGCAACAAACAAGCAGACCGCAAGGCCAAGCGCACGGCGCGCGAGAGGGACCAUGCCCGUCGACAAGCCAUGCACCAGGCCGGCCUCAUUGACCAAGAGACCGGCUUGGCCAAGUAUCACCUCAAGAAAAGCACGCAACGGCAGCUGGAUCUGCUGGCGCAGUAUGAUCAACUGAAAUCAAACAGCCAGCUAAACAAGGCCAUGAAGACGCGGCGCAAGCACCGCGUUGCCAAGCUUAAGAAGAGCUUCCCCAACAAGCGGGAGGAGUAUUAGAAAAGUCGUGCAGGCUCUAGUUCUUGCGCCCCGAUGGAUGACCAAUCGAGUUGAUAGCACG